AUGUUCGCCCGUCUCCCUCGCUCCCAGCGCGCCCUCGCCCGUCGCCGCGCCAGUACCAUCGGCGCCUCCCUCGACCAAGCCGUGGCCCGUCUGCCGCACAAAGAAGCGCUCCGGGGCGUCACGCAGGACGUGCGCUGGAGCUUCCAGGAGCUCCGCGCCAAGGUGGACGAGCUGGCCAACGGCUUUGUGGACCUCCAGUUCCAAGUGGGCGACGUGGUGGCGCUCUGGCUGCCGAACAGCGUCGAGAACGUCGUGACGCAAUUGGCGGCGGCGCGGGCAGGGCUCACGCUCGCGGUGAUUGCGCCCGACGUGGCCGCGGUGGACGAGCUCGCGUUCGUUCUGCAGGACAGCGGGGCCAGCGGCCUCGUGUUUGAGCCCAAGCAGGCGGGACGCAACAAGACGGACAUUGUGCGGACGCUGUUGCCGGAACUGCGGACCUUUCGGGAACGGAAGGAAGUGUUUCGUCCGAAGCAGUUUCGUCGUCUGCACAGUGUGAUUACGACGAGCUGGGACCAUGUGGAAGGCAUGAUUAAUCUCAGUGGCAUGAUGGUCAACAGUCCCGAGCCGUUCGCCAUGAAAGCUGUGACCAAGGCGCUGAAUGACAAGACGCCACUUGCUGUCACGUACUCGAAGGUCGAGGGGCAGAAUCCUAAGAAGAGCGCGGUGCUUACUCACGGAGAUCUAUUGAAGCGCGCAGAGGCGUUGGCUCAGAGCUUGAAGUUAACUGCCGCGGACAACCUUCUGCUCACUGGAGAAGAGACAGGUCUGUCGCUUGGCCCAUAUGCUGCUAUCGGAAAGAGCUCGCAGAUCGUGCUGCCGUCCACGGAGUACAGCAAGGAAGCCACGCUGCAGGCGAUGAAGGUGGAGCACUGCAGCGUUGUUGGCAGCGGACUUGACAACUUUAAGCGCGUGUGA